UGGGAUAAGGAUCUCUUCAUCAAAGGCGGUCGGAUCAUCGAGGUACUUUAGAGCACACUUGUCAAGGUCUCCUGCAAGGCUAUACAUUAAGAACUGGUUUAUUCCCAGGUUACGAAGCGUUCCUUGGUAUCAUGACGACUAUGCUGAUCCAGUAUGCCAAGUUUUUUGAGACUGGGGCAAAAAACGGUAUGGCGAAGACCAGUGCCAUCCAUGAAUUGCAUCGAGGUAAAGAAGGCGAUUUUUUUUACUUGCGUAUCAAGCAGCACGUUAUGGCGACAAGAGCAUAAUGGGCUCGGUCAAGAAAAUCCAGCCUUUUGGAAUAACCUGAUAAAUUUGAAAUCAAAUAUGAUGCGCAUCUAUCUCCCACCUGACGCCUACUGCAUGGUUUCAACGAUCGACCACUGCUCAAGGUCUACCAACUGUACCAAUCUUGUUAUUAGCGCCAAGAACCCAACCCCGCUUUGGAUCACUUCGGCCGAAAAAGCCUCCGAACACUGUCGAGUCGGUGUAUCCGUAUGGUCCGAAUACAGCACAGAUGGAGGUAAAAAACCGGACGUUGUGAUUGCCGGGUGUGGCGUCGAAACAGCAUUCGAGGCCGUAGCAGCUGCAGCUUCACCCAAUAAAGAUUGCCCCGAUCUACGUGUGCGUCUAGUCAAUGUCACGGUUUUGAUGGUGCUUGGUCAGACCCAUUCGCAUAAAUUGUCCCAAGACGAAUUCGAGGCUAUUUUCACACCGGACAACCCAUCAUUUUUCAAUUUUCAUGGAUAACCUUCGGCCCUUCAGAGACUUGCUUAUGAUCGUGUCAGUGGCAGACGCGUGUCUGUGCAUGGAUACAACGAGGAGGGAACCACCACUAAUACUCCUUUCCGAAUGCUUACGGCGAACGGAUGCUCAAGAUAUGAUCUUGCUAUUGACGCAUUACACAAACUUCUGCCCAACUAUCCUACGGUCAACAUCAAGGCCCGUACAUUGAUUUCGAAUUACCAGCAUGCGAUCUGUCAGCAUAAAAAGUACAACGAAGAAUACGGGACAGAUC